AUGUAGUUAUCUAAGAAAUUUGAAGAAUUUUAAGACCUUGACCCGAUUGAAAACAUUCCUCAAAGACGAGUAUCAAGGACCAUGGGUUACCAGAAUAGUGAAUCGAUCCAAGAAGAAGACGAGGAGCAGUCUUCUUCAAGUGUGAAUAUGCCAGAGUUGAUCAACAAAUUUAAGAAUUCAUCAAUCAAACAGCCAGUGGAUGGCAGUGGGAGUGAUAUGAAAAUACCCACAAUCUAUACGAACAUGCACUCGAACAACAGCCUUGAAAAGAACCCUUUUCAAAUUGAAUAAAAAAUAAGAGUUUAUAAUAGUGAUAGUAGAUUGAUGGAUGUUUCAGUAUUGGACCCACAGGAUUCAUAGUACUCCGAAUCUUUGCAAUCGGAAGUGAUGGAUAAAAUGAAAUCUGUCACUCUCAAUUCAAUUCACGUGAAGAAUAUAGUGACCAAAUUUAUUCAGAAGAUGAGACCAAACAUCAAUUGGAGCCAAUUAAAAGACAUCACUUUGAUAGACGAUUCAACCUAAGGUAAAUACGUUUAAUUAUAUGUAGUCAAACCCUAACUGUAUAAGUGGUUCACCUUCUGCUAUUUCACCUUGACCUCAGCCAUAAUCCUCACAUCUUCCAUAUUCAUCCCCAUACACAUAGCCAAAGAGCCAGGCUUCAAGAUACCUGCUUACAUUACCCACUGUUUGGCACUAAUCCAAAUUAUAGCUGAUAUUUAUUUUAAACGAGGACCCUUCCAUCUGAGUGAGGGUAAGUUUAAUCUUGAAUAUGUUGAUCAAACCAAAAUCAUACUCGAUUUGAGUCGACUAGUGUCAGCCAUAGUCUUAAUCUUCCCAUACUAAUAUGAGAUAAAAUACCUCCUCAUUCCUUAUAUCGCAUUGCAAUUGGUUAGACAAUCAGAACGCUUUGAAAACAUAUACAAUUCCACUUAAUUAAUAAUGUACAUAUUGAUUCUUUGGGUGGCCUUGAUUAUGACAUUUGCUUGUCUCUUAGACUCCGAGGAAGACCUAAAUUAUUCACUCACAUUGGCUGUAUCCUUAUUGACUCAUAAUGGAGCUAUAUCUAUUGAUGUCACUCAAUCAAAUGCUUUGCUCUUACAAGGUUUUAUGAUCGUUAGCUCGUUUACUAUGAUUUACACGGCCUCUGCCAUUUUCAUCUGGAUCAAACCGGCUAUGAAGUUAGAAGAGGAGAAAGAGAAACAUCUUGCUUCCUUUUUGAAUGGAAUUAAAGACAAAAGAAUUGAUUAUGGGUUGUAAUGUCGCUGUUAUUCAUAUUUGGAAUAUGUGGUCGAUGAAGACAUAACUAAGACGAGAGAACUUUUAUCAAAGAAGUUGUCACCAGGGCUUUAGGAAGAACUCUAAGUUUCUAUUCGUUCUAAGAUGGUCGAUAAGAUCAGAUUGUUCGAGAAGUUCUCAUCCAGUUUGAAGUAACAACUGAUUUACUGGUUUGAUAUUGCACAAUACAAUCCCGAGGAGAAUAUUGUCUAGGAACAUUAAGUUGAAGAUUUCUGUCUCUACUUUAUUUUGAAAGGGAAAGUGAAGAUUCAAUUUUAGGGGUAUUUCCAAGGCAAACCCAAGAGGACCUUUCAUACAUUAUCGGAAGGACAAACUUUUGGAGAGUUCUCAUUCGUAAGUGGGAUUCCUCCUUAUAUUUCAAUCAAUAGUCAGGGAUUGACCACAGUGUUAAAAUUGAGAAGAUCAGAUUUCUUAGAAAUCAUUAAAACCUACCCUUAGGACAAUGAGAUUUUUUGUUUAUUCAAGGACAAUUGUUACUAGAAUCAUAAUAUGUUCGAAUGCAAUUAUUGCAAAAUCAAGGGUCAUUUGUUAUUUGAAUGCCAAUACUUGUAGUAUUAUCCUAAAAAACUAAACGUCAUUGAGAAGCAUAUUUACCCUCAUCCACAAUAACGCUAUAAAAUUGACAGAAAGAAUAAGGAACCAAAGGCUCUUUCGAUGUUAUUUAUUGUGGGGGAACGAGCCAAACAAUAUUAGCAGAAAUUAUCAUAGGAAGUAAUGACAUCCGAAGACUUCCCUAUGUCAUCUCAACUACCAUACAGUGAAAGUAUUUAUACUCUUGAUAUAAAUAUAUAUUAAAUCUACAUAGAUUAGACCUAGCAAUCCGCCAGCUAUUUGAGUAAAACCCAAUCCGUGCACAAAUAUAGUCCUGAGCAAUUAAGCGAGAAUCCAGACAGCGAGGAAGAUCAACUCUAUGAGGAGCUAGCCGUCGAUCCAUUACUUAGCAAUCAGUUAAGAAAACAAUAGAACAAGACUACCUUAAGAACUGCAGGAUUUCCCUUCAUGUCUGAAACUCUAGAAAACUUACAUAAAGAAAAAUUGCAAGUGAUUACUGAACAAUCUUAAAGUAAGUAAUUUGACUCUCUUAAUUCAAAACAAGAGGAGACCAAUCAAUUGAGCAAGUAGAGCAGUGGUUCACAAGCAUUCGCAAAGAAAAACCACCAUCUUUAUACUGCUGCUCGUUCUAUGCAUGCUAAACUCACCUUUCGUUAUCAGCAACAACAAUCAGGAUAAAUUGAUGAUCAAAUUCAAUAUCAAUAACAAUAAUAGAAUUCAAUAAGACAAACAUCCAAUCGUUCCAACACCUAUUCGAAUCCUCUAUCUAAUAAUUUAUCUAAUAAUCCCUCAAGUAAUUCUAAGGCUAAUACUAAAUCUGCUAGAGUUUCCCCUACUCAAUUUCAAUAACCUCCGCCAUAAAAAAAGAAGGAAGAAAGAGGAUCGCAUAGUGAUCAAUCACUUUCAGAACAGUAGAGGCACACAAACAGAAAAAAAAGUACUAAAACAGGCACUAAAGUAAGCAUUCUAAAUUAGAUGUCCCAGUUCUAAAUAAUCAACACUCCAGAGAAUCAUCACUAUUAAUAUAACGAUGUUGUGUUUAAUAGAUUCGAAAAGAUGCAUUUAUUUAAGCAUUAUAACCCACAUAAUAACUACGAUAAUGUAAUUAUCAGAAUGAACAAAUUCCGUAGAACCAAAAAAAGUAAACCAAUUCAUUACACUAUAAAAUGCUUUGUUUCCUCAAAAAUAAAGAGAGUAAGGAAGAUUUUGGAUUCUUAGUUAUGA